AUGACACCUUUUUUAGAAUCUCAUCAGACGUUUUUCGCUCAGAUAGCCGGAUUUUUCAUAGUUGAAGAUCGCGUUUUAAGGACCGGGGGUGGAUUGAUAACGAAAAUGGAAGUAGAAAAUCUGUGGGACACUGCUGUUAGCAAAAUGUGUUCUGUGUUAGAAGAUCAAUUUUCUAGGAUGCGAACAGCCAAUCAUUUGUUACUGAUCAAGGAUUAUGUGAGUUUGCUUGGUGUUACUCUGCGGAGGUAUGGAUACUCAGUUGAUGCUUUGCUUGAUGUGUUAAACAAGCACAGGGAUAAGUACCAUGAGUUAUUGUUAUCAGAUUGUCGGAAACAAAUUGCUGAAGCUGUUGCUGCAGAUAAGUUUGAGCAGAUGUGGAUGAACAAGGAGUAUGAGUAUUCUAUGAACGUUCUUUCUUUCCAGAUACAAACUUCUGACAUUGUACCAGCUUUUCCUUACAUUGCUCCAUUUUCAUCCACUGUGCCUGAUUGUUGUCGAAUUGUGAGGUCCUUCAUUGAAGAUUCUGUUAGUUUCAUGUCUCAUGGUGGACAGCUUGAUUUCUAUGAUGUUGUGAAGAAAUACUUAGAUCGGCUUUUGACUGAAGUCCUGGAUGAUACCCUUCUAAAGCUUAUCAGCAGUUCAAUUAGUGGGGUGAAUCAAGCAAUGGUUGUUGCAGCUAACAUGGCUGUUCUUGAACGAGCCUGUGAUUUCUUCUUCCGCCAUGCUGCAAAGCUUUCUGGGAUCCCUCUUAGGAUGGUGGAAAGAAGUAGGCGGCAGUUUCCCCUGACCAAAGCACGUGAUGCAGCUGAAGAAAUGCUGUGUAGCUUGCUUAAAAAGAAAGUUGAUGGUUUCAUGACAUUGAUUGAGAAUGUGAAUUGGAUGGUUGAUGAGCCACCUCAGAGUGAAAACGAAUAUGUGAAUGAGGUGAUCAUCUUUCUGGAGACACUUCUUUCCACUGCACAACAGAUAUUACCUGGUCAGGUCCUGAAACGAGUGUUACAAGAUGUUCUUUCCCACAUCUCGGAAACAAUUGUUAACUUUUUAGUUGGUGAAUCUGUGAAAAGGUUCAGUUUGAAUGCUGUGAUGGGGAUUGAUCUAGAUAUCAAAUUGUUGGAAUCAUUUGCUGAAAACCAAGCUUCUCUUGUAUCUGAAGAAGAAGCUAAUCAGCUGAAGAAAGCACUUGUUGAGGCAAGGCAAUUAGUUAAUUUGCUUCUCAGCAAUAAUCCAGAGAAUUUUUUGAAUCCGGUAAUCAGGGAGAGGAGCUAUAAUGCUUUGGAUUACAGAAAAGUAGGGAUCAUUUCAGAGAAACUAAAGGAUCCUUCUGAGCGACUGAUGUCAACUAACACCCUGUGUCUACUCUACUUGCUUCAAGAUUCCCAGGUAUCACUUGAAGAGAUCUCAAGGAUUGAUGUUGAUGCAGAUGAUGGUUCGGAGUAAUUCAUAUUUGUUGGUUGUGGUUGUGGUUGUGUGAUUAAUUUUGUUUCUUGGACUAGCCCCAGUAUAAAAAUGCGCUCAUUAAUAGGUUGUAAGUAAAGUUAAAAAAAAAAAAAACAGAUUUGUGUCAAAUUCUUUAUUCUUAUAU